GUUUGCAGGUUCAUCUGGACAGCUGAAAGAAAGAACAAAUGACCAGAAACAAUGAUUUGCAAGGAACAAAUAGUUCAGGAUCAUUGGGUGGUCUUGAUGUCCGUAGAAGAAUCCCUAUAAAGCUUAUUUCAAAACAGACCAAUAAAACCAAACCUGCACCUCGAACUCCAAGAAAUAUGAACAGGGUGCCUUCGAAGACACAAGCGGGUGAUGAAGAAGAAUUUGAUUAUAACAAAGAGGAGCGAUACGAAUGUAAAGGAGGUGAAAUGUUUGGCAAUCAAAGAAGAUUUCCUGGGCCCAUUUUUUGGGAUUAUAAGAUAAACUUACUGGGGGAAAAGGAUGAUACACCAGUCCAUUUCUGUGAUAAGUGUGGAUUGCCCAUCAAGAUGUAUGGACGCAUGAUACCUUGCAAGCAUGUUUUCUGCUAUGACUGUGCUAUACUACAUGAGAAAAAGGGAGACAAAAUGUGUCCAGGCUGUAAUGAACCUGUGCAGCGAAUUGAGCAGUGUGUACGAGGGUCUCUGUUCAUGUGUAGCAUUGUUCAAGGAUGCAAGAGAACUUACCUGUCACAGAGGGACUUACAAGCUCACAUCAACCACCGUCACAUGAGAGCUGGGAAGCCUGUUACUCGUCCUCCCAUCGAACCCGUGCAUCCUCCUAUUGCCCCGCCGCCGGCCGAAAUUCCCGAGCGUUUCAUAAUGCCCCCUGAGAAACAUCACAUGAGCCACAUUCCGCCAAAGCAGCACAUCAUGAUGCCACCGCCUCCUCUGCAGCACGUGCCACACGAGCACUAUAACCAGCCCCACGAAGACAUCCGUGCUCCUCCCGCAGAGAUGUCCAUGGCCCCGCCGCCGCCCCGCCCGGUCACUCAGGACACCUUCCGCAUCUCAACCAGGAAACACAGCAACUUAAUAACCGUCCCCAUUCAGGAUGAUUCCAACUCAGCUGCUCGAGAGCCGCCUCCGCCAGCGCCCGCGCCUGCUCACCAUCACCCUGAGUACCAGGGGCAGCCGGUGGUGUCACACCCCCAUCACAUCAUGCCUCCCCAGCAGCACUACGCCCCCCCCCCCCCCCCCCCCCCCCCCCCCCCCCACCCGCUGCAGCACCCUCCGCAGGCGGCGGGCACCCCUCACAUGGUGUACAGCCAGGCUCCCCCGCCCCCCAUGACCUCCGCCCCGCCGCCCAUCACCCCUCCUCCCGGACACAUCAUUGCCCAGAUGCCGCCCUACAUGAACCAUCCUCCUCCGGGACCUCCUCCUCAGCACGGGGGCCCGCCUGUAAAUGUCAAUGCACCCCCUCCCCAUCACUAUAAUCCCAACUCUUUGCCACAGUUCAGUGAAGAUCAAGGAACUCUUAGUCCCCCUUUCACACAGCCUGGGGGAAUGAGUCCAGGGAUAUGGCCAGCCCCAAGGGGGCCACCUCCACCUCCAAGGAUGCAAGGGCCUCCUGCUCAGGCCCCCCUUCCUGGACCACAUCACCCUGAUCAAGCCAGAUACAGACCCUAUUACCAAUGAUACGAGCAACUAUAUGAAUAGAGAAUGCCAUGAAGACGAUAGAACUAAAUACAGAAGCCUUUUAAUUAAUUGUUUUGGGGUUAUUUUGUUGUGGUUUUUUAAGAAUACUGUCAUUUUGACUGUAAGACAUUUUGAAGUUUGAAUCUUAAAUGAUUUUUAAGCCUUGGCCGUAGGACUCUUAACUUCAAAUACUCUGUAGUGCUAAAAUAAGUGGCUUAGUAGACCACAGUUGCAUUUUAACAGAACUUCUGUCGCUAGUGUGGCUAAAUUGUCCUAAGAUGAUCACUUGUAAUAUUAUUUCCUGGAGAAGAUGAACACGUGUUGUACCAUUCUGAAUAUUGUUUUUGUUAAAUCCAGUGUUUUUGUUAACCUGUGUACAAUAAUUAAAUUGAAAUAUGGUUGUAAAUGUGGUGAGUUUUUAUGUGAAGUUGACAUCCACAUAGUUCUGGGACACCAUUUCAACACAUAUACAUACCUUCCAAACAGUAGUGUAGUGAAAUAUUAAAGGAACUUUAAUAUUUCUCCUACUGCAAUUUAUCAUUACUUAUAAGGAUUUCAGGCUGUAAUGAAUU